CUCAAAGAAUAAUAGAGAUAUUCCACGGGUGGUCAGGUCGACAACCUUCUUUGGCCUCAAUUGUUCAUUUAUGUUACCGAGGAACCGGCGACUAGAUGCGACCUUGGGCCAUUAAAAUGCUUUCCUUAUUUUGAGUCAUGAGAUUUAUCAAUAGGGUAAGAAUCGGAGAUACUUUAGUCUACCUGCUACAAUUGGCGUAGACAUGAUAAGCACUUACUUACUCCAGUAGAAAAGAGAAUAAUCCCGAAGUAUAAUGAAAUUAAAACUAGUCUUUUUUACAUACAUCUUUACUGUACAGUUUUGGAAAUUAGAAGCGGAUCAACAGCGUCCAAUAUAUAACAUAGCUCAUAUGGUGAACACCAUUAAAGAAUUAGAUACGUAUUUAGACAAAGGAGCGAAUUCCAUCGAAGUCGAUGUUCAAUUCACUACAAAUGGAUCGUUGCAUAGCACAUACCACGGAUUUCCUUGCGAUUGUUUUAGAAUAUGUGACAAUAGAGAAGAUUUUAUCGAAUAUAUUAAAUAUGUACGAAAUAUUUCUUCUCCGGGAAGCAGUGAUUAUAAAGAGAAUUUCGUCUUAUUAUUUUUAGACUUAAAAUCCUCAUCACUAGCUCCUCAGCACAAAUAUACUGCGGGCACUAAUCUGGCUAAGGCACUGAUCGAUCAUUUAUGGAACAGAGGAGAUGAUGUCACACCCAUUAAUAUACUAUUCUCUAUCGGUCACACUGGAGAUAGUGAUAUAGUUAGAGGAUUUAUGGACACGUUGAAGAUAGAAAAUUUAGAACAUCUCACAGAUAAAAUAGGUUGGGAUGUUGGAUUGAAUGAUGCUCUAUUAUCAAUCCAAAGAAUGUGGAAGAAUUUAAAUAUAAAGAAGAAUAUUUGGCAAGGAGACGGAAUCAAUAACUGUUUAGCAACGUUUAGAACUCGAGGAAGACUCAGAAAUGCUUUGACAAUGCGUGAUUCUCUUUCAAAAAUUAAUAAAGUAUAUCAGUGGACAGUUGAUUAUUCUGCUUUCUUUCGAAGAUCCCUCAGAGAAGGCGUAGAUGCCUUUAUUACAAAUUUUCCAGAAAGAUUGAACAGGGUACUUUUAGAACCUGAAUAUAGUCGUCAGUUUCGAUUAGCAACAAUAGAAGAUGAUCCUUGGGAAAGAGUCGACAUUCGUCAUCCGACAGAUAUGGAGCUGUUAUCGAGGACGUCAUUAGUAUCGAAUGUCUUCAAUACCGUUUACGAAAUGUUUAAUUCUGCCAUGACAUUCGCGGUAGACUUUACUAGAAAUAAAUCAUACAUGAGUCUAUCCAGAAUUUCAGCUUCUUCCAUCGUUUCUGGCUUGGCGGAUCAAUUAAACAGAAAUGCUACGAGAGGUCAGAAAGUAGCGAGCUUUUGUCAACACACGGUAUGCACCGUUCUACAUAGGUAUUAUAAUCAAGAUGAUGAUGAUGAUUACGAUGAUGACGAUGAUGACGAUACAGAAUUUGAUUCGGAUACUAAAUGCAGAAAUGGUGGAAGUUCAAUAGGAAAAGAAAUCAAAAAAAUAUGUAUAUCUUUAGUUCAUUAUUUAAAACUUCCAUAAUGGUUUUUAACAAUUUAUUGUAAUAUUUUUAAAUAUAUAUACAAUAUACCGGCAUAUAAAA